GACCGCGGUCCCUAACCUGUGCGAUUCGCAGCCGAAGGAGACCGGCGAACUGCGACGUUUCGUGUGGUGGAGGCAGCGGCCCUCUCAAUGACCGCUGAUGGUUUCGGUUGUCUUAUCGAAAGGUUUCCCUCCACUUCUAUAUUUAAAUGUAUUUUUUUGUUUGUUAAUACCUUUCUCGUCCGCCGAGGCCAAGCCGGGCAGAGCUGGGCUGUUUGAAGAUCCAAUAUAUAUUUUUUGGGGGGGGGGUAUUCCUGUAAAAAGUGCCGUUGUUGUUUAGAGGCUCUACGUAAGAGAUACCCUUUUAUUCGCAAAUUAUGCCAGAGGAUUAUUUUUCCAGUCGAGAAUCUUGACAAACUCCACGGCUCCCUGUUUAGGAGCGACGAAUAGACGUGGGAGGAGAACGAGGAGGAGAAAGAGACGAGUUGGGGGUUGUUUGUUGAGUCGCACUCCGAAACUCAAAAGUAUCUUUCUUCACAACAGGAAUGGCGUGCGCGGUGGCCUGCCCACUGCCGGAGCCUAGCGGGGACUUCCCGGCGUGGCUGGAGGCGCAGGGUGUGAACGCGGAGGUGGCCCGGGCCAUGGACUCCGAGCUGGGCAUCCGGGACUACGGGGUCCUGCGCGCCUGCGUCGGGGACGGCCUCGUGCGGGCCGAGCUGCUGGCCACGGCGCGCGACCGCCUGCCCUUCGGCUUCUACGCCGUGCUGCGGCAGGUGGUGAAGGCCCUGCAGGGGGCCGAACCCCACGACGCUGGGACGCCGUGCUGGGACGAUGAUGCCGCCGCCUCCACUUCCUCUCCUGGCGACGUGACGCUGGGAGGCCUGAUGGACGUGCUCCUCACGCUGUUUAGCAGCUUGAGCCGGGAACUGCUGCUGUCCGUGCAGAGGAUGCGUGACAUGGACAAUGAUAAAUAUGUCAUGGCUUCUGCUUUAUCAACGGGUGCUCUCCAUUCCGAUGUCAUGGAAGAUGAAACGCAUCCAAGGGAAGAAAAUGAAAGCAACUGGACCACAGCACCAAAUGACUCCAGAUCAAACUUGACGGGGAACCUGAUUAAAAGCGAGCCCCCUGAAGGUGAUCAUCUCUUGGACUUCCACCCAAAUCUCAUCAUCCAACAUGUGACCUCACUUCUUGAUUCAGGAGCAGACCUCGCUUGUCCAGCUGAUGGUGAACCGCACACCUUAGCACCGGAGCAGUGGGAAGAAACACAGCAAGAAGAAUCAGCUGCCACCUCUAUCACUAAGAACACAUCGCAGCAACGAAAGAACCAAACCAUAAGGAACAUCAUGAUGAACCAGAAGCAGCAGCAGCCGCCCCUUGUGAACGAGAUCGAGUCACACGAGUUUCAAAUUGAUGCAGCCGAUCCUGUAGGAAACCCUCAGGCGGAAAGCUCUGGUGUAAAACCGCAUCGGUGCGAGGUGUGCAAGAGUAGCCUUUCAUCACCUGACGAACUGGAGGCCCACCUGUGCAGGCACACCAGCAAGAAGGUGCACAGUUGCAAGGUGUGCGGGCGUGCCUUCUUCCAGGCCACUGGUCUAAACAUCCACCUGCGCACGCACACGGGCAAGGCACCGUACACCUGCGGCGUGUGCGGUGAUGGCUUUUGGCAGUCCAGCGACCUGAAGAUCCACUUGUGCAAACACACGGGCGAGAGACCGUACCAGUGCGAGGUGUGUGGGCGUGGCUUUUACCGGGCCUUUGAGCGGAAGGUCCACAUGCGCACGCACACGGGCGAGAAGCCGUACGUCUGCCAGGUGUGUGGGCGUAGAUUUUUACGAUCCAACGAGCUGAAGGUGCACACACGCAUUCAUACCGGAGAGAAGCCGCAUGUCUGCAUAGUGUGCGGGCGCAAAUUCACGAUCUCCAGUGACAUGAAGAAGCACCUGCGGACACACACGGGUGAUAAACCGUACCCUUGCUCAGUGUGUGGGCAGUGCUUUGUUCAGCGCUCACAUGUCAAGAAGCAUGAGCGAACAAAGCAUGGCUUGGGGAAAUCCUGAAAAGAUGAUUGAGAGAUGUUUCACAUACUUGGAUUAUUGAAUGUCUCAAACAUAUAUGAUAUUUCCCCCCCCCCCCCCACAGCAUUACCUUUGGCACUCUGGACUAAUAUGAUCUCAGAUCUCUCCAUUAGAUACUGACUGCCAGAAUGUAUUGUGCUUAAGGAAGGAGAGAUUAGCUCUGUGGGAGUAGAAUGGGAACAACGGUGAGGCCACGUAACCCUUUCCCGUUCCGAGAUGACUGCAAGUGGCAGGGUGGGUCCCGUUCCCCGCUGAAUCAGGGAACACGCAAGCUUUCUAGAGUUAAUUUUAUUUAGAGGCAUAGCUUUAUUUUUUUAUAUCUACGGUGACUUUACCAAAAGAACCAAAGAAUAUGAAUUCCUGCAGUCAUGAAAGUUUCGAGUCAAAAUUUAGAGGCAUAGCGCUGUUCUUUUUGAAGACAUUUUACUGUACUCACCGCAGAGAACUGUAAUGACACGUCCACACGCUAUGGAGGCUCGUGCCAAACGGUGUGAUGUACACGUAUGUAAUCGGAAUGGGAAAUGGUUCAUAAGGAUCAAGUGGAAUCGAUAAGGAACCUCCCUCCCCCCACUUUGUUCCUCAUGGUAGCAUUUACUUAUUCACUAACAUGAUGGUAUCCUGGAAAUAAAACAGAUGUGUUAUGAAAGCAAUAAUAGCUCGUAUAUAUGCAUUGCGGUUGUACUGUUCGCCUUUUGACAUUUUCUGGUCUAACACGGGUGUUGAAACAAGACCACAAAGAAGGUUUUCUCUGAUUUAGGCCAGUCCAUUUCAAAGACUGCGUUUAUUAUUGGAGCAUAUUUGCAUGUUUUGCAACAUGUAUGUUUGGAUCAUAGAGACUUGAUGCCUUGGUGUUUUGAACAUCUUAACACCUGUUUUCAUUAAACUUGAUUUGAAGCUUUCGUGA